CUCCAAUGAAUGGUUUCCUUUGCAGACUCAAUCGCUCUCUCUCCACUCUGACCUCCCACUACCCAAACUAUCUUUUCCAAUGCAACAACCAAAUACAACAUUUCUUCCGCCUCGGCCAAGUCGGCGAUGCCCGACGCCUGUUCGACGGAAUGCCUCAACGGGACUCCGUCACCUGGAACUCCAUGAUUUCUGGCUACUGUGACAACGGCCGCGUCGAUGAUGCGAGAUCCCUUUUCGAUGCUUUUCACGGCAAGAAUGUGCGGACUUGGACCUCCAUGCUCUCUGGGUACGCGAGAGCUGGCAGAAUUUAUGAGGCUGUCUUGAUUUUCGACGCCAUGCCGGAGAGGAACAUUGUCUCCUACAAUGCAAUGCUUAGUGGGUACUUGCAGAACGGGGAAGUUGAGAGUGCGAGGAAGUUGUUUGAUGCCAUGAGUGAUCGAAAUAUAGCUUCUUGGAAUUGUAUGAUCACGGGGUACUGUAGGAUGUGUUGGAUGCGCGAGGCACGCCAGGUGUUUGAUGUUAUGCCGGAGAGGAAUGAGGUUUCGUAUAUGGUUAUGAUUUCUGGGUAUGCUGAAGUAAGUGAGUAUGAGGAAGCAUGGAGGUUGGUUUUAGAUAUGCACAGGAGAGGUGAGGUGAGACCAGACCAGCAAAUAUUCUUGGCAGUGCUGUCUGUGAUCUCGGGAUUGGACGAUGAUGUGGGGUUGAUUACAUGCUUUCUGCCACUUCCAUUGAAGAUGGGAUACAGCAAUGAUGUUGUGGUGGGAACUGCAAUUCUCAAUACCUUCAAACGAAUUGGGAGUUUGGAUUUGGCAUUUAAGUUUUUCAAUGAUAUGCCAGAGAAGAAUGAUUACUCUUGGAGCACGAUGAUUUCGGCUUUCUCCCAGUGUGGAAGGUUGGAAGAUGCCAUUCUGUUGUACAGACAAUGUCCCCAGAAGAAUGUCGGGACGCAGACAGCAAUGAUGACUGCUUAUGCCCAAAAUGGAAUGAUGGUUGAGGCAAGACACAUAUUUGACGCCAUCAGGAACCCCCCAAAUGUUCUUACAUGGAAUGCUCUGCUUGCUGGAUAUAUACAAAAUGGGAUGGUUGAGGAGGCUAGGGAGUUCUUUCUCCGAAUGCCUGCAAAGGAUAUGGCUUCUUGGGGAACAAUGGUUUCUGGGCUUGUGCAGAAUGGAGAUAACGAAGAAGCUCUGGAGAUGAUUGGUGAAAUGCACGGAUUGGGGAUCAUUCCCAAUCAUUCGAGUUUAACUAGUGCCCUUUCUGCUUGUGCCAACAUUGGAAACAUUGAAAUGGGCAAACAGAUACACUCUCUAACUAUUAAAUCGGGGUGCCAGUUCAAUUCAUUUAUCGGGAAUGGAUUGAUAAACAUGUAUGCUAAAUGCAAGAAUACAGAAGAUUUUUCUCGGGCAUUUGACAUAAUGAAAGUCAGGGAUACGGUCUCUUGGAACUCACUGAUCACCGGCCUUUCAGAGAACUGCAGGCUGAGUGACGCUGUUGAAGUAUUCCAGAGGAUGCCAAACCACAAUGUUGUGUCCUGGACUGCUUUAAUAUCCGCUUAUGUCCAAGCCGAACAAGGAGAAGUUGCUUUCCGGUUAUUCCUCGAAAUGCUUAAUAAUGGAAUAAAACCAAGUGAACAGACAGUUACCAGCCUACUGAGUGCAAGUGGGAGCCUUGGUGCUACAAAAUUAGGGGAACAGAUUCAUGCUUUAGCUUAUAAGCUCGGACUGAAUUUGCGCCUGUUUGUUGGUAACGCUCUUAUAACCAUGUAUUUCAAGUGUGGGUCUCAUGAUGGAUUUCAGGUUUUCGAGGAUAUGUAUGAACGGGAUGUUAUCACUUGGAAUGCUAUUUUAACUGGAUGUGCUCAAAACGGAUUGGGCAGAGAAGCCAUCCAUAUUUUUGAGAAAAUGAAGCGUGAAUUCGAGGUUGUUCCUAACCAAAUAACUUUUCUUCAGCUAUUGAGUGCUUGCAGCCAUUCAGGGUUAGUGGAUGAAGGUUUGAAAUAUUUCGAUUCAAUGAGCCGAGAUUAUGGGAUUAAGCCGUCAAUAAAUCACUAUACAGCUAUGGUUGAUCUUCUUGGGCGGGUUGGACGACUCUCUGAAGCUGAAUCACUUGUAAACAACAUGCCUAUGAAGCCUGAUACUGUGAUUUUGGAUGCUCUUCUUGCUGCUUGUAAAAAGCACAGUAACAUGAACCUUGGCAGGAGAAUUGCAGAGAGGCUGUUUCAGAUGGGCGCAAAAGAAUCUGGAGCUUAUGUCUUGCUAUCAAACAUAUAUGCUUCUCAAGGCAUGUGGGAAAAAGUGCAGAAAGUACGCAGAGCAAUGUUGAACCGCGAGGUAAACAAAGAACCAGGUUUCAGCUGGAUCCAUAUCAAAGGUAACCUCCAUUCUUUCAUUACUGGUAGCAGGAUGGUUGAGCAGGUUGGCGAGAUCUCUUCAAUGUUAGAAGAGUUGUAUAUGCAGUUUAAAUCAACAGGCUAUGUGCCGGACACAAAUUUUGUUAUGCAUGACGUGGAUGAAGAGCAAAAGCAAAUUGAGCUCCUGUACCACAGUGAAAAGAUUGCUGUUGUGUUUGGCAUCUUGAAAACACCGGAUGGAUCGCCCAUUCAGAUUAUGAAGAACCUUCGUACCUGUGGUGAUUGCCAUAAUUUCAUGAAAUUCGUGUCCAAAUUUACACAACGGAAGAUUAUAAUUCGAGAUGGUAAUAGAUUCCACCAUUUCCAACAUGGGUUGUGUUCUUGUGGAGAUUACUGGUGAUGAUUGAUUCUCGAUUUCAUUGGAGCAACAACUUAGAUGAAUGUGCUGAAACCAUGUUCAUCAAAACAAGAUCUGAGAUACAAGAAGCUCAGGCCUUUGCCUCCUGCCCUCCUGUGCCUGUCAUACAGCAACAAAGGUCUGGUGUUGUUCUUCUACAAGUCAAGUCUUAUAGUUUCCUGGGGAAUCUUAGCUUAUAGCAUGGACUUAUGGUAUUUCUUGUUGGUUGCUGGCUUAAAUGGUCAGUGGAUUGCGAGUUGUUGCAGAGCUUAGGCAUGCACAUCUUUUCCACUCACCCAAUAUAGCUUCAAGGUAAACAUCUUAUUCUCAUGCAUUUUGGCUCCCAACUUCUAUUCAUUUAUUAAUAAAAGUGUAUUUUUUUGAAAGAAAAGUGUACUUUUAGUAUAUUAAAUAU